AUGGUCAUCGAUCCACUCACCGCUCUCGGCAUCGCUUCCAAUAUUAUAAGCUUCAUAGAUUUCGGCAUUCAAGUGCUCGCUAAGGGCCAUGAGCUCCAUAAGAGCGCCACUGGUAGAGUCAUCGAACAUGACGAAUUCCAUAUUGCAACAGGGCGACUUCAGCAGCUGCGAGAAGGCAUCGACAGCUCCCUACAAUCGCUGUCCAGCCGAACAAGUUUAACACGUGCCGAAGAGGCACUUCAAGAGAUCACGGCCGAGUGCCAGGAAAUUUCGAAGGAGUUCCAGGACGCCCUUUCCACAUUCACAGCUGAACCUGAGAUCAAGUCGUGGACUACCUUCAUCGAACGGUUCGAGACUUCCUCUUAUCCAAAGACAUCAAACAAAUCCUUCAGCAAUACUCUUCUGGCUCCUUGA